AGCGCGCACCAAACGUGGAAAAUUGAUGGCUGAUUAUAACGGCUCAUUAUCAUCAUGUGUUCAUUUUCAUGAUGCUCCAACUCAACUCACUUCUUGUCUUUGUUGAACCAGUUGUUGAAGUUCAACCAACAACAACAACCGACGAGUUCAUAGGAUGUCUUUUGUUCUGAGGAAACUGUGGGAAAUGAUGAUGCUGCCGGCAAACAACAACAACAACCCAUCAUCAUCAUGGACCACCGGAGGAGGAGUUUUGUCGCGUGCGGAUUUGGGUGUGUUGGAGAAGCUGCCAUGGGACGUGUUGAUGCAGAUUCUGAAGCUUCUGGAUCCCAAAGAGGCUGCGAAAGUGUGCGUGGUUUGCAAGGUUUUGAGAUCUUUGGUUUCUGAUGAUAAUCGCCUCUGGCUUCACUUCCUUCAGACCCAUCAGGCUGAUCCUUCUUGGGAUUCUGUCUUCUUUGCUGAGACCACUUUGGCUUCUGGCUACCCUCUUCCUUGUACUGAAGAUUUGCUCCUCAAUUACAGUUCCUUCAUUGGCCACAGGCCCCAGCUGUCAUUCAAGCAUAUAUAUGGCCAGAGAGCACAAGUUCCUGGUGCUAUUAUCAUCGAUGGUGGUUCUGGUUAUUGCAAAUUUGGCUGGAGCAAAUAUGCUUGUCCAUCAGGGCGAUCAGCCACAUUUUUGGAAUUUGGCAACAUUGAGUCACCUAUGUAUACUAGGCUUCGUCAUUUUUAUGCAACUAUUUAUAACAGGAUGCAGGUGAAACCGAAUAAACAACCAGUUAUUGUUUCGAUACCAAUAGUCCAUUAUGAUGAUACUGAAUCAGCCAAAGCAUCAAGACGACAACUUAAAGAAGCAAUUUAUACUUCCUUGUUUGACAUGAAUGUUCCUGCUGUUUGUGCUGUCAGCCAGGCAACUCUAGCUCUGUACGCUGCAAAACGAACUUCUGGAAUAGCUGUUAAUAUAGGCUUUCAAGUCAUAUCGGUAGUUCCAAUUUUAAAUGGUAAAGUAAUGCGCAAGGUGGGUGUGGAAGUUGUGGGGCUGGGAGCUCUUAAACUUACAGAAUUUCUUAAGGAGAAGAUGCAACUGAACAACCUGAAUUUUCAAUCAUUGUACACUGUUCGCAAAUUGAAAGAGAACCUAUGCUAUGUUGCUCUGGAUUAUGAAGCUGAGCUUUCAAAAGAUACAACAGCAUCAUUUGAAGCUAUAGGAGAUGGAUGGUUUACACUUUCAAAAGAGCGGUUUCAGACGGGAGAGAUCUUAUUCCAGCCUCAUCUCGCUGGAGUGCAAGCCAUGGGUUUGCACCAGGCCAUAGCUCUUUGUAUGGACCGUUGCCAUGCUGCAAACUUACCCGCUGACAGUGAUUGGUACAAGACUGUAGUUUUAUCAGGGGGGACAGCAUGUUUACCAGGCUUGGCAGAAAGGAUAGACAAGGAACUUAAUGCCUUACUUCCUCCAUACAUGUCCAAUGGAAUUAGAGUCGUACCUCCUCCUUACGGUGCCGAUACUCCAUGGUUUGGAGCGAAGAUUAUUGGCAAUUUGAGCACCUUUCCUGGUCCUUGGUGUGUGGAAAAAAAGCUGUUUCGCCAGAAGCCUAGACUCAACCUCAUAUGGUGAAUAUUUCAUCCAUAAUUUUAUUUUCUCAAUAAUGUAAAUUAUUCUGCACCCUCCUCCAAGGGGGCAGGAACUAUAGGAGUGAAUUUUUAUCAAUAGUUUUGUAUGUAUAAAAUAUGAUGAUUUGUUAGGUGAUAAGAAGGCUACAAUAAAAUACUGUCUGUAAGAAUAAUGUAAAAAAUAAAAAAAGGCAUUAUGUUUGGGUCAUUAUAUAAUAAAGUGUGAAGAAUUUGCUAA